AUGGCAAUGUCGGACUUUUUUCCAGACGAAAUCAUGGUUGAAAUCCUCCAGAGACUACCCACCAAAUCCCUAAUCAAAUUCAGGUCUGUUUCCAAAUCUUGGAACUCUCUCAUCACAAGCCCUAAUUUUAUCAAUACCCACCUCACUCACUCCCUCACUUCCAAUUCCUACAUCAACAGCUAUGGUAAUCUCCCACUCAUGAUAGUUAGGCAAUGUGUUUCUAUUCCACCUCCCAGAACAGAGCACUAUAAACUCUGUAUUGAUACUGAAGACUCAUUUGAUGAAUACAAAGACCUUGAAAUCCCAAUAAAGAGCCGCUGUCUCCCUUUUUUUUACGCAAUUGGGUAUGCGAAAGGUUUGUUUUGCCUUUUCGAUCAAGACCGGUUUUUUCUUUGGAACCCAUCAAUUAGAAAGUCCAUGGCCAUGCCCAAGCCUACAAUCAAGGCGGCUUUUCAUCGUCAUGGGUUCGGGUUUGAUCCACGUAACAACGAUUAUAAAGUGGUCAGAAUAGUUAAUUUUUAUCCAACUAUGGAGGCGCCAACAACACACAUUGAGGUUUACUCCCUUAAUGCGGCCUCGUGGAAAAUGUCUAGCACGGGAGAAACUCUUCUCCGGUUGAGAUUACUAGGGGGCGAUUCACUUCUUAUUUAG